GUUGAUUGGUCGGAAUCUUCAGGACCAGAGAUGUGACGGCAAAACUGCACGCUUGAGUUUGCAACUUUGCAUAAGACACGAGAGAGAGUGGUGUGUAAAGCAAUAUUACCGGCGAGAAGGGUUUUCAGUUGCUGGACUGAGCCACUGGGGGCAAUGUCUGCAAACAGCAACAGUGCCAGUGGCAACAGCUGGACUCUUCUUACCCCGGAGGUAAAGGCUGGAGUUGAGAAUGUGGGUUCAGUAGCUGAUGGGACUAAGGCUGAGGGGGAUCCAGCCUGUUUAACAGCACCUAAGGCCUCAAAAGAGGACGACACCGAUCUGGUGAAAAACUCCACUGAAGGGCCAUUGCCGAAACAAUGUGAUUCUGUUGAAGGCCACGAGUCGGAGGACACAAAGCAAAUUCAUCCUCCAGAAUCUCAGGUUAAACCUUCAGAGACAGAGGAUCAAGCGGAAGUAAAUGCAGCAGAAGUUCAUGAAGACCCCACCUCUGUCAGUGGCACUGUUGAGGACCUCAGCUCCUUGACCCCUGAUCACCAGGAACAAGGUACCUCUACAGGUCAUUUAGAGAGCCAAGAAUCUCCCGGCACUGAUGUUGACUCGUACUCUGACUCGUACACGCAUAUAAGCUCCACCUCUGGAUCAAGCACACAUCCUGCUUCAGUUUAUCAAGGAAAGGGAUUCUCUAUAUCAGAAGAAUCUCAUCUAAAGAAGACCAGAACAGAAGAUUUCAAGCCGGAUGUAAAACUGUCUGAAGCAAAAGAGAACGAAGGAGAUAGUUUACGGAAGAGAAAGAUCACCCACGUGGGCUCUUUGGACCAGGGCAAGGCUGAUGCAGAGGAUGACGAAGAAGGGGAGGAGGAAGACUUUCAAAUGCCACAAAGAGAGGAAGAAAAGGUCUUUUCUUUAAACAAGUGCAUCUUCGCAGCUGUCAUUCUGUUAGGUCUAGGAACUAUUUUCUUCUCUGGUGUGCUCAUGGACUCAGAUGAUGAAGGUGAUGUUGACGUUAAAGAGUUUAAAGAUCCAGCAAAUAAGGAGUGGUUGAAUCCUGAAGUCUCCAGUGACACACCUGUUGGUUAUGAGCCUCCAGAUAUUUUAAGCAAACAGGCAAAUGAUGAUCAACAAAUAUUGGCAUUGCAGGCACAGCUCGAGCAACAUCAAGGUGAACUGAAAACAGUGCAGCGUCUGGCAGAGGAGGGAGAGAAAGAGCGUAUGAAGAGAGAAGAGCUGGAGAAAGACUAUCAGUUGAUCAAAGAAGAGCUAGACAGACUUCCUGCUCUUCAGAAAGAGCUGGAGCAAGCGAACGAGAGAAUGAAAGAAGAAAGUGAGAGAGCAAAGAAAGACCUGGAGGCUCUGCCAUCACUGCACAGAGAGUUGGAGCAUCUGAGAAGUAAAGUUUCAGAGCUUACACAGAGCACAGUGAGGGCAGAACCUACACAUCCUGUUGCCACCUCUGGGAUGCCCUCUAGUGGAGACAUCAGGAAUGAAGCACCCAUAGAACCACAGGAUCCAAAGAAUGUGAAGUAUUUGGACAAAAAAAGUGCGAAGAAAGAAAAAGGGGGAGAAAAAGAAUUGAAGAAGAACAAAGGCGGAAAGAAAGAUGGUAAGAAAAUUAAUGAGAGAGAGGGGGAUGAAGAACAUGCUAAAGAAAAGAAAGAUUGGAAAAAAGAUAAAAGCAACCCAGAAGGAGGAAAAGCAGGAAAGACCAAAGAGUGGAAAGAUGAGAAAGUGUGGAAAAAAGACAAAAACCGAGGUGAUGUUAAAAUGGGAAAGGAAAAUAAAGACGCCUUUAAAGAGUGGGAUGAGAAAAAGGGAGGUAAAGAACAGAAAAAGAUAAAAAAGGGUAAACAUCAAGGACAGGACGAAAGUAGGAAAGAUGAUAAAGACUGGAAGGAUACUGGGAACAAAAAAGUGAAAGAGGACAAAGAAAAGGAAUGGAAACGGAGAGGAGAGAGGAAAGAUUGGAAAACGGAAAAGGAAUGGAAAAAGAAUGACAAACAGAGUGACUGGAAAGAGGAAAAGAAAGAAUGGAAGGAGAAAGAUAUAGGAGAAGAGGAAAAGGAGUGGAGAAAUGGCAAAAGCAAGGGAAAAUUGAAUGAUAAAACAGAGAAAAAAUGGAAAGGAAGAGAAAAGGAAUUUCACAAAGGGUUUACAGAAAAGGAAAUUGAGGAAAAUCAUUGGACAGGAAAGAAGAAGGAGCAGUCAACAGAUAGAGAGUGGAAAAUAGAUGAACAUAAGAGUGAAAAAAAGAACAAGGCAUACCACCAUAAAUAUGAAAAAGGUCACAAUGAGAAGGUGAAACGAAACAAAGAUGACAAGGAACGGAGCAACAGCGAGAAACACAAGCAUGGACAGUCAGACCAGACGUCUUCUCAUCGCCACAAUGACCAGAGGCAACACAACGGAGGACACCAUGAUUACUGGUCCAGACAGAGGCAGAAGAUCCGACACAAUUCCAGAAAGAGUAAGGCAUGCAACGGUGUGACAGAAUGUGCUCAUGUGGAGGGGCUUUCUCCUGUCAACCUGCACAACUUCGAGAUCCUGCUCCAGAGCUACCUGAAGAAGAUCCAGACUCCUGAGGACCAAUCCUCGGGGAAAGAAGAGCUUAGUAAACUGGUGAGGGAGUUCUUCACAGACGGAGUGUUUGCGCAUGAUCUGAUUCCCUUCAGCGAGUUUGUGGAAGAUGUGGCAGAUAUUUUGGAGGACAUGGCUGAUGGAGAAGAAAGCGAUGAAGAGGACAGCGCAGAAGAUGAUGAUGAUUCUGACGAGGAGAUGGAGGAAUUUGAAAGGGAGGCGAUGGAGAUGUUUGCCCUUUCAGAGGAGACUGGGAAGAAAAAGAGCAGAAAAGCGAGAGGUUAAAAGUUCCUGUGAAAGAAUAAAGGGAGUAUUGAAAGUUUAGAAACAUCUGUUGUUAUAAUGUAAAGAGUGCCAUUUCUAAAAAGCGUGUAGCAUAUCUAUAUUGAUCUGUUUAGUAUAUCAGUAAGGCUAUGCAUUUGUAAUACUACUGGUAAACCACUGGCUUAAGUCUUUAAUAUUAAAGGUGUUUUUUUUCACAUUUCAUUUUUGUUUGACUUUAUUUGGAAAUGUUACUCAACCUGCCCAAUUGACACAACGGCACAUUGAAUGUCAACUGUUUUGUCGUCCGAGGAUCAGAACCAAAUACAGACAGAGGCAUUGCACAAAGAGUGUUUUUAUGGGACUGAUCUGCUGAUGUUGUCUUUAUGGUACAGCAGUUUAAUGUUACAAGUCCUGGCACAAAUGUAAAAUGUAUUUGACUGGGUACAUUAAUCAGAAUAGCGUAGUUUAUUAUAAGUUUGAGAGUUACAAACUAAUCCGCCCAGGUCUAAUUUGCAAUGCUAUGCAUUUCUUUUUCAUUUCCAGUAGUUCAUGCAUGUGUUGUUUUUUUAAGAUACUUGGCUAAUACAUUGCAUACAAAUACUGAAUAGAAUUGUUUUGAGAAUAUGUUUGAGUGUUUGUUUUGUUUUGCUCAUCAUAUGUUAAUUCUUAAAUUAUUUUGACCCAGUGUGUGUUUGAUUUGACUGAGUUUCAUUGUUUACUACUUUUAUUUAAAAGAUUCUGUAAAGAAUAUGUUUAGUAAAUAAUAUGCCUAUGUUGACCUGACCUUUUUAAUUGAGGAGAAAUGCUGUAACCAAACAAAUCCUUGAAUGAAAAUGCAAGUUCAUCUUUCCUUUCCUGCAGGUCAGUAUAUGAAUAAAGAUUCCCUUUUGUCUGUGAAUAAAUACUGUAUACAAAUAUCAGUUCAGAAUUCCCUAUAGCAUCAAACAAAUUAUAUACAUUGUCAGACAAAACUUUUUUCUUGUCAACCUCUCUGUCUGGCUUUUACAGAUGCAUUGCUGGGUUUGUCUUGAAGGUACUUUUAAAGGUAGAGGUUCGCACAAAGCACUAAAUUGUAAUGUGUGUGUUUUUUUUUUAGUUCAACACUGAUUAAUUAUAUGUUAAAAGAAAUGUGUAUUUUCUAUUUGUUAGCUGGUUAAUCUGUGAUAUGUGCCAUGUAUUGCAACUGGGAUGCAAAUAGUUUUUGUCUUUUUUGCUUUGAAACCUUCACAGAAUAAACAAAUGCACACA